UCACUGGACUUGCAGGUCGGGCAGGGCCAGGAGUAUGUUCGAGAUGCUGCCAACUGCCAUUCUGCUGGUCUUGGCAGUGUCUGUGGUCGCUAAAGAUAACGCCACGUGUGAGGGCCCCUGUGGGUUACGGUUCAGGCAGAACCCACACGGUGGUGUCCGCAUCGUCGGCGGGCAGGCCGCGCAGCACGGGGCCUGGCCCUGGAUGGUCAGCCUCCAGCUCUUCACGUACAACAGCUACAGGUACCACACGUGUGGUGGCACCUUGCUGAAUUCACAGUGGGUGCUCACUGCUGCUCACUGCUUCAAUGGCAAAACUAAAGUGUAUGACUGGAGACUGGCUUUCGGAGCAAACGAAAUUACAUAUGGGAACAAUAAGCCAGUAAAGCCGCCUCUGCAAGAGAGAUAUGUGGAGAAAAUCAUCAUUCAUGAAAAAUACAGCCCUAUGACAGAGGGAAAUGACAUUGCUCUCUUGAAGAUCACCCCUCCCGUUUCGUGCGGGCGCUUCAUUGGGCCGGGCUGCCUGCCCCACUUUAAGGCAGGCCUCCCCAGAGGCCCCCAGAUCUGCUGGGUGGCUGGCUGGGGAUACAUAGAAGAGAAAGCCCCCAGGCCAUCACCUAUGCUGAUGGAGGCGCGUGUGGAUCUCAUCGACCUGGACUUGUGUAACUCAACCCAGUGGUACAAUGGGCGCAUUCAGCCAACCAACGUCUGCGCCGGCUACCCUGCAGGCAAGAUCGACACCUGCCAGGGGGACAGCGGCGGGCCUCUCAUGUGCAAAGACAGCGAGGAAAGCGCCUAUGUGGUCGUGGGAAUCACAAGCUGGGGGGUAGGCUGUGCCCGUGCUAAGCGCCCCGGAAUCUACACAGCCACCUGGCCCUAUCUGAACUGGAUUGCCUCCAAGAUUGGUUCUAAUGCCCUGCAUAUGAUUCAACCGCCCACCCCUCCACGCCCUGCCACUCGACCGCCCCCACUUCGACCCCCCUCCUCCCACCCUGUCUCUACUCACCCUCCUUGGUAUUUCCAACAGCCCCCUCGACCACUUCCAUCCCGACCACCUGCAGCCCAGUCCCGGCCCCCUCUUCAGCAACUGCCCUCACCCCCACCUCCACCUCCACUCUCAUUUGCCACAAAACUUCCCCAAGGACUUUCUUUUGCAAAUCGCCUACAGCAGCUCAUAGAGGCCUUGAAGGGGAAGACCUAUUCUGACGCAAAGAACUAUUACGACAUAGAGACCACAGAGCUCCCAGAGCUGACCCUUCCCUCCUGAUCUGACCCCGUGUCAACAGACCCAGUGAGUCCUUCACUCCUGAGAAAAGGAAAGAUGAAAUAAAUAAACAUACACACACACACACACACACAAUGUAUGUACACAUGC